AGCAGUGGGUCCAGUCAGUAGAAAGACAGCUUCUCCUCCUCCCAGCUCAGCUUCUGCCGCUGUUGGCUCCUGUGCAUCAUAGGAGGACUUGUCAUCCGCCUGUCUUCUGUUUUCUUGCUCUUUACCGGACUAACAUCAUGGGGAGAUUGGACGAGCUCCGGCAGUUUAAUUUGAUCAAAUGGCUCAGAGAGGAGAGACAGUCGAGGAAACUGAUUCUCUUCAUCGUUUUCGUCGCUCUGCUCCUGGAUAACAUGCUGCUAACUGUAGUCGUGCCCAUCAUUCCCAGCUACCUGUACAACCUGGAUGAGUCAACAGACAUGGUGUUGAAGAACAACACAUCUCAACAGGGUGCUCCAGGAGCCUUCAACAACAUUGUGUCCUUGUAUGACAACACCGUGAGGUCUUCAGGCUCCAAUGCCACAGUCAGGUCCACUGAUAUGAUCGCUCCAACCUCUACUGCUCCAGAGCUGCCACAGAACUCUUCCGACUGCCCCCACUCCUCCAAGAAGCUGCUCAAUGAGAAUGUCAAAGUGGGAAUGCUGUUUGCUUCUAAGGCCACCAUACAGCUGAUUACCAACCCCUUCAUAGGGCCGCUUACCAACAGAAUAGGAUAUCAGCUACCAAUAUUCGCUGGCUUCUGUAUCAUGUUCCUCUCUACUAUCAUGUUCGCCUUCUCAUCGAGCUACGCUCUGCUGUUUGUGGCCAGAUCGCUUCAGGGUGUGGGUUCCUCCUGUUCGUCUGUGGCGGGGAUGGGAAUGCUUGCUAGUGUGUACACAAAUGAUGAGGAGAGAGGCCACGCCAUCGGGAUCGCCCUGGGAGGUCUGGCAUUGGGAGUGUUAGUUGGACCCCCAUUUGGCAGUGUGAUGUAUGAGUUUGUUGGGAAAACUGCUCCUUUCCUUAUUUUGGCAUUCCUGGCUCUGUUUGAUGGAGCUCUGCAGCUCUUUGUUCUUCAGCCCACCAAGGUGGAACCAGAGAGUCAGAAGGGGACCCCACUGCUGACACUCAUGAAGGAUCCAUACAUUCUAAUUGCAGCUGGUGCCAUUUGUUUUGGAAAUAUGGGCAUUGCCAUGAUGGAGCCAACACUGCCAAUCUGGAUGAUGGAGACCAUGUGUGCCAGGAAAUGGCAGCUAGGCGUCGCUUUCUUACCAGCGUCUAUCUCCUACCUUAUUGGAACCAACAUCUUUGGGACGUUGGCGCACAAGAUGGGGAGAUGGCUUUGUGCCCUUAUUGGAAUGAUGGUGGUUGGAUUCAGUAUAUUAUGUGUUCCAUUUGCCAAAGAUAUCUAUGGCCUGAUUGUUCCAAACUUCGGCGUUGGUUUUGCCAUCGGCAUGGUUGACUCUUCUAUGAUGCCUAUAAUGGGAUACCUGGUGGACCUGCGGCAUGUGUCUGUUUAUGGAAGUGUGUAUGCCAUUGCUGAUGUGGCUUUCUGCAUGGGAUUUGCUUUAGGUCCGUCCAUUGGAGGAUCCAUAGCUGAGAGUAUUGGCUUCCCCUGGCUGAUGACCAUAAUUGGAAUAGUGGAUAUCCUCUUUGCUCCUCUUUGCCUCUUCCUCAGGAAUCCACCUGGACAAGAAGAGAAAAUUGCAAUUUUGAUGGAUACCAACUGUUCAAUGAAGACGAGGUCCUACUCCACACAGGGGACGUACUACCAGGGUGAAAACAUGGAUCCAGAAUAUGACGAUUAUGAUUAACAGGACACCAGCCAUGCAGGUUAACCCUUCAGAGGAUCUAUUUUGUUGUACAAAAAAAGGAACACAGAAGAAAAAAAAACAGCAAUGAAACAAAACAGCCAAGAUAUUUCCAUGUGAAUGUCCUGCAUUCAGUCUUCACUGUUCAGUGUCCUGUUAGCGCUUGUACUGGAGCAAACCAAAGUUGUUCUUGAUCUGUGUUUGCAAGCGCAUUGUGUGAGAGAUAUUUUUUAGCCAACAGCCUUAUUCAGUAGAGAGAUGUGUCCAAAAGCACUUUUUAAACAGUAAGAGCUGAGCAACAAGUACGCUUUGCUGGUUUAUUUUGAAUACAAACCCUAAUUCAAAAUCUUAAUUCAUGUCUCAGCCAUUAAAAGCCUGUUUUUAUCCACUGUAUGUCCAAGAUACUUUUUAUCAUUACCUGAAUUCAGUUUGAAUAAUUGUAUCAUUAUGGGUCAUUGUGUGGUAUGUCAAGAAACUGUUAUUUCUUUAAAAUUCAGAAAGAUAUGUUGGGUCCCAGUCUAUGGUCCUUGUCAUUAUUCAUACACUUGGAAAAGUACAGAACACCCAACUGUUCUGU